AUGAGCUCUGGCAGACACACUGAGUCUGGCCCUUCGAGGUCUCGCCAACGCGUUGAAGACGACGGGUACAACUACUUCGACGAAUCGAACGUAGAAGUACCCGUCGUCUUCAGCAGCAAUGGCAAGGCCAAGGCCAAGGUCAAAGAGCCCGCCUAUGAGGGUAAAGGCAAGGGAAAGGCUCCGGUAGUCCAGGAGCCAGAGGAGGAAGGUGAGGGCGAAGGCACCACUCACCUGAGCACCCCCGCCACAAAGGCCGGAAUCUCCUACGACGACUACCACUUCUCAGACACCAGCAUCGACUACGACUCCACACCUACCCCCUCUUCUCCAACUCACCCCACACCCACCCCCAGCCGCCUUUCCAAGAACAUUGUCGCCUUCGACCCAAACAACGCAAACCCCUACACGAUGCCUACCGAUCCGGUAGACCCCAACCUCUCCCUCCUCCAAGCCCGCACCCUCAAGAACUCGGUCACGGCACUCCCGGCUACACUGAUACCACCGGCUCAGCUGCCCGCUCCAUCGUCGUCGGACCCCGAGGUCCAGCUCAUCACCAGCCUCCGCGACGACAAGAAGAUGAAGUGGAUGGACAUCGCGAUCCAACUCAACGCAGCACGACAGGACCGCAAUAAGGCACCAGUCUGGAACCCAGCCAGUGUGUACUCUCGAUACAUCCUCGCAGCUCCGAUGACAGCAACACCAGUGGCUGAGAUUGGCUUCGACGCCAAAGAUUACACUUACUUGAGGGAUCCCGGACAGGUUCUUGUCCAGCCUGGCUCUACUCCCACGAGCGCAGAUCCCUCUGUCCCCGGUUCCGCUGCCGCUACCUCCUCUGCUCCUGGUUCUUCUGCAGCAAAACCGAAAGCCAAGGUCGCUGUCCCCCGCGCCGGACGGAAGCGUGUGAAGAACCUCGAGAACGCGAUUGAGCUCAAGGACAACGUCAGACAGCCCGCGACAGCAGAGGAGUUGGAGGAGCUGAAGGGAGAGGCGAGGAUGCAGAUGCUUAUUGAGGCUGUCGCCAAGGUCGAGAGGAACUUCUGGACGCUCGUGGCGGAUGAGGUGGACAGGGUUGGCGGUGUGAAGUACGAGGGCAAGGUGUUGGCCAAUAGGUGGUUUGAGCUUUGA